CGAAAAUAUCAGAAAAGUGUUUUAAAAUUGUUUUCCUGUAUUGAAUUCUAGAUUGUCUAUCCACAAUGGCGAUGCGUAUGAAAGCUGGUAAAUGUCCAACUGACGAGUUGUCAUUAAAAAAUCGAGCAAUUGUUCAUCCAUCAGAUUUCUUACAUGAAGAGAAAUACAUCGAUGUGUGCACAGGACCAGGACAACAUUUUAUUUUCGCAAUUGAAAGAAGUCCUGAAAUUCCUCCAAGAUCAAUUGGAUUUUCCCUUUUACAAAGAAAGUGGGCAACAUUAUCGAUUAAUCAGGAUAUUGAUGUCAAACCAUUCCGUUUCGAAGGCUCAGGAGCUGAGCAUGUUGUGUGUACUGUCGUUUUGGAAGUUGACUUUCUUCAGAAGAAAACUGUGACCACCGAACCAUAUGACUCCGACUUAAUGGCGAAAGAUUUUCUAAUGCAAUUUGCUGGUCUGGCAAUAACUGUAGGACAACCGCUUGUCUUCAGUUUUAAUGAUAAAAAGUUAUUGGGUCUAAACAUCAGAACAAUAGAAGCCGUUGAUGCGACUUCAUUACGUGACAACCAAAAUGCCGAAGCAAGGAAAAUAAAUUUCGGAAAAUUAACUGGAAAUGCAGUAAUUCAAUUUGAAAAGGCAGAAAACUCUUCAAUCAAUCUCGUUGGAAAGGCUAAAGGAAAAAUCGUACGUCAAUCAAUUAUUAAUCCUGACUGGGACUUUGGAAAGAUGGGAAUUGGUGGUUUGGAUAAAGAAUUCAAUGCAAUCUUUCGUCGAGCUUUUGCUUCGAGAGUCUUCCCACCAGAAAUCAUUGAACAACUUGGAUGUAAACAUGUCAAAGGCAUAUUGCUGUAUGGUCCACCGGGAACUGGUAAAACAUUAAUGGCCCGACAAAUCGGAAACAUGUUGAAUGCUCGUGAGCCUAAAAUUGUCAAUGGUCCUCAGAUUCUUGAUAAAUAUGUUGGUGAAUCUGAGGCCAACAUUCGUCGUUUGUUUGCUGAUGCUGAAGAAGAAGAGAAGCGACUUGGACCUAACAGUGGACUUCACAUUAUUAUCUUUGAUGAAAUCGAUGCAAUUUGUAAGAGCAGAGGAUCAGUUGCAGGCAACUCCGGUGUUCAUGAUACUGUCGUCAAUCAAUUACUUGCAAAAAUUGAUGGAGUUGAACAGUUGAAUAACAUUCUGGUUAUUGGCAUGACAAACCGAAGAGACAUGAUUGAUGAAGCUUUGUUACGACCAGGUCGAUUAGAAGUGCAAAUGGAAAUCAGUUUACCUAAUGAAGCUGGAAGAGUUCAAAUUCUCAACAUUCACACCAAACGAAUGAGGGAAUUUAAGAAAAUUGACAAAGAUGUCGACCCAGCAGAACUUGCCAGUUUGACGAAGAAUUUCAGCGGUGCUGAAUUGGAAGGUUUAGUUCGUGCUGCACAAUCAACAGCAAUGAAUCGUUUAAUUAAAGCUGCAUCGAAAGUUGAAGUCGAUCCUGAAGCAAUGGAGAAACUUUUAGUCAAUCGUCAUGAUUUCUUACAUGCUUUGGAGAAUGACAUAAAGCCGGCAUUUGGAGCUGCAGCAGAAAUGUUGGACAAUUUAUUAGCGCGUGGAAUUAUCAAUUGGGGAUCGCCAGUAGCUCAAAUAUUGGAAGAUGGCGGUUUAUAUACCGAACAAGUUCGGGCAUCGGAAAGUUCAGGUUUGGUGUCAAUUCUCCUUGAAGGUCCACCGAAUGCUGGCAAAAGUGCUUUGGCAGCCAAACUUGCUAAAUUAUCAGAUUUUCCAUUUGUUAAAGUUUGCUCUCCAGAAGACAUGAUUGCAUAUACCGAAUCAGCAAAAUGUCUUGCAAUUCGUAAAGUUUUUGACGAUGCAUAUCGUUCGACAUUGAGUUGUGUCGUUGUCGAUAAUAUUGAACGUUUAUUGGAUUAUGGCCCAAUCGGUCCACGAUAUUCAAACAUCACAUUACAAGCUCUUCUAGUGCUGUUGAAGAAACAACCACCGAAAGGUCGCAAGCUUUUGAUUUUAUGCACAAGCAGUCGACGACAAGUGUUAGAGGACAUGGAGAUGCUUUCAGCUUUCACAUCGAUUUUACAUGUUCCAAAUCUUUCAACGCCAGAUCAUUUGAUGAAUGUUUUAGAGAACAGCGACGUCUUUUCAAAAUCAGAAUUGAAAUCAAUUCAUAAAAAAACGCAAGGACACAAAGUUUUUAUUGGAAUAAAGAAACUUCUGGAUCUGAUUGAUAUGGCACGUUACACCGAACCUGAGAAUCGUGUGAUUAAAUUUUUGACAAAACUCGAAGAUGAGGGAGGAUUAGAUGCUGGUACAGGUACCAAUCAUUAACUCCAAUCUGCAAUACAAGAAUUCUAUCAAUUGAAACCAUGUUUAAUAAGUGAAACAUUUUAAAAAGGGAAAAAAGUGUCUCUGAGUAAUUUUCAAAACGUUUACCAAUUUUUGUUGUAUUAAUUGCAUUAAGAUUAAUGGAAAACAUAAAAAAAUAUCAUGACGAAGGUUGGAAACAUUUCGAAUGUCAAUUCUAGCUACGAAAUAUUAAAAUAUAAAUUAAGUUGGCACAUUUUUAAAUGUCGCAUAUUCCAUGAAAGGUAUUUAUGAAGAAAAAUGUGAGCUUCUUGAUAUUUACAAGAUUUAUCCCUAACUCACUUAAAGAUCAAAAAAAUUUCUCAUUUCUAAACUUAUCUACACUAAAAUUUCUCAAUGUUGCUUCCUUCGAAUUACAUAUAUCAAUUUGGAUCCACCCAGAUUGCUGGUUGUUGAAUUACGGUUUCAUGAUUCGAAUAAAGAGUUAAAGUUGUGACAUGUGAAUCGAAAAUUAUUAAAACUUUAGAGAGUGUCCAUACUAUCUGUCCAUUUCCAUGAAUAUUUCACUAACAUUCUUAUGUUUUGAAACAUUAAUCAUGAUUAAUAUGAGGGCUUAGGCAGAUAAAUAAAAAUAUUGUUAUGAAGAGCGAAAGUAAACAAAAAUUUAUUCUUCAUUUAAGAAAUUCUAUAAAAAGAAAAUAACUAACAUAAGACAUUAAAAGUUUCUAUAAAAAUAUUCAAUUAAUAACUAAAUACCAUUUAAAUUGUAAACGAAAAAUUUUAUUUUACGUUUUGAAACAAAAGACUUGAGUAUGAUAAUGACAAGCAUCAGAAAAGAAGGAAAAAAUUUCUUGUUCUAGUCGCAUUUUUUGUUAUUUUACGAAAAAAUUCGUUGCUAGUUGAAAUAUUUCUUUGAAUUUUAAUUGUAAAGCUUAAUUCACAGUAUUGAUUGCAAUUUACAAAGAAAAUGUGCUUAAGAUCACUUAUGAUAAGAUAAUUUAUUUUGUCAAAAUCUCUUAACAUUAAUUGCACGUAGAUAUUUAUUUAGGAAUCGAAGCAGUUUUCCUAGAAAAUGUUCUUUGAAUAUGAUAUCUAGAUAAAGACAUUGUCUUUGUAUAAUAUUUAGAGAAAAACUUUAAAAUAUUAUUAAUGCAAUAAAAUUAAUUAAACUGUUGAAUCUUGUAACUUUGAAGUAGAAAAGAAAAUAAAAAAAUGGAAGAAAGGAACGAAA